AUGGAGGUGACGAUGGACCCUUUGUUUCUGGCGUGGAGCUAUUUCAGGAGACGAAAACUCCAACAGUGUUCAGAUAUUUGUACAAAGAUAUUACAAGACAACCCGUACGACCAGGCUGCCUGGAGCUUGAAAACCCGUGCUCUGACAGAGAUGGUAUACAUAGAUGAAGUUGAGGUCGACCAAGAGGGGAUUGCUGAGAUGAUGCUGGAUGAGAGCUCUAUUGCUCAGGUUGCACGCCCUGGAACAUCAUUGAGACUACCUGGAACAAGUCACGGUGGAGGUCCUACCCCUGCUGUCAGGCCUGUGACGCAGUCAGGGCGUCCUAUUACAGGAUUUGUGAGACCCAGCACUCAGUCAGGGCGUCCUGGGACAAUGGAACAAGCCAUCAAGACACCACGCACUGCAAGCACUGCUCGACCUGUCACUAGUGCUUCUGGUAGAUUCAUCCGUCUCGGAACAGCGUCAAUGUUAACUAAUCCAGAUGGACCAUUUAUAAACUUGUCAAGACUAAAUCUGGCCAAGUAUUCCCAGAAGCCCAGUUUGUCCAGGACACUGUUCGAGUUCAUCUUCCAUCAUGAAAAUGAUGUGAAAAAUGCGUUAGAUUUGGCUGCUCAAGCUACUGAGCAUGCCCAGUUCAAAGACUGGUGGUGGAAAGUUCAGCUUGGGAAAUGCUACUACAGGCUUGGUUUAUAUCGAGAAGCAGAAAAACAGUUUAGAUCGGCUCUCAACCACCAAGCGGUGGUGGAUACAUACCUCUAUCUCGCAAAGGUUUAUCAGCGCCUGGAUCAACCAAUAACAGCGCUCAGCCUCUUCAAGCAAGGCCUGGACCAGUUUCCUGGUGAGGUGACCCUUCUAACAGGAAUCGCUCGCAUACAUGAGGAAAUGAACAACAUAGCAUCAGCCACAGAGUACUACAAAGAUGUCCUCAAGCAGGAUAACACACACGUGGAGGCGAUCGCAUGUAUAGGCAGCAAUCACUUCUAUACUGAUCAACCUGAAAUCGCCCUGCGGUUUUACAGACGGCUGCUCCAGAUGGGGGUGUAUAACUGCCAGCUGUACAACAACCUGGGCCUGUGCUGCUUCUACGCGCAGCAGUACGACAUGACUUUGUCCUCAUUUGAGAGGGCUCUGGCCCUGGUGUCCAGUGAUGAGGAGCUGGCUGAUGUCUGGUACAACAUAGGACAAGUAGCCGUGGGCAUUGGGGAAUUGGCAUUGGCCUACCAGUGUUUUAAACUGGCUUUGGCUUUUAAUAAUGACCACGCUGAGGCCUACAAUAAUCUUGCUGUGCUAGAGCUGCGCAAAGGUCGUAUUGAACAGUCUAAAGCCUUCCUGCAGACUGCUGCAUCACUGGCUCCUCACAUGUAUGAGCCACACUUCAAUCUGUCCAUUCUCUAUGAAAAGAUUGGAGAUCUUCAGAACAGCUACACUGCAGCCCAAAAGUCCGAGGACGCCUUUCCAGAGCAUGUCGACACUCAGCAGCUUCUCAAGCAGCUUCGGCAGCACUUUGCGGUGCUGUAAGCCUCCAACCAGCACGCGUAGAGAAACAAGGUGCAGUUAGAAUGAUAUAGAUGUCAGAGAGAUCAGAGAUUUAAAAAACAUAGUUAUCCAAACCCUAAAAGGUCAGAAAAGUUAUGAUUUUGUGAAAGAAACAUUUGUAAUGAGCUCUCAGGUCAAAGAUUUACAGGGUUUGGAUAUACAGCCUCAUCAAGUUAGUUAUAUUCACCUUUAAAAAAACAAACAAACAAAAGACACAGAGCAGCAAUCUUUCAGGACUUUGAGUUGCUGCUUGUAAUGAUGUUUGGAUAUGGACAAUAGUUUUUGUUUGUGUUUAUUUAUUUAAAUGGUACCUGUACACUUAAUUGUUAGUUUAUUAGGUACAACGUUAACCUACUUUAACAAAGUUUUUUCUAAUGACUUCCAAAAAUGCACAAUUUGUAUGAAAGUGGAGGUUUUCCUGUUAAACUUAGUGUAUAGACUUGAAUAGCAGUUAUACAAAUGUACAUAGUCAAGGCAAAGAUUUUAUUUAUUACAGUAAAGUGACUUAACUUACAGUUUUAUAGUUCACUUCAUGAAUCAAAUGUAUUUUUCGUAUCUUGGACCUUCCUUACCAUUUUGUAGUAUCAUCAAAUAUCAACAUGAUAAUAAAAAGGAAC